GUCAGCCGGAUUGUGUUCAUUGAGGGAAACCUUAUUUUUUAACCGUGCUAUGGAGUAGAAGCAGGAGGUUUUCAACCUAGUGACAGUCACAGAGCAGCACCUACCCCCUCCUCCUUUCCACACCUGCAAACUCUUUUGCUGGGGCUGAAUAUUUAGUGUAAUUACAUCUCAGCUUUGAGGGCUCCUGUGGCAAAUCCCCGGAUUAAAAGGUUCCUUGGCAGUGAAAAUACAUGAGAUAAAUCAUGAAGGCAACUAUCAUCUUCCUCCUGCUUGCACAAGUUUCCUGGGCUGGGCCGUUCCAACAGAGAGGCUUAUUUGACUUUAUGCUAGAAGAUGAGGCUUCUGGGAUAGGCCCAGAAGAGCACCCUCCUAUUGAUUCUGAAUUAGAGCCUCUGGGACCAGUGUGUCCUUUCCGCUGUCAGUGCCACCUUCGAGUUGUGCAGUGUUCUGAUUUGGGUUUGGAAAAAGUGCCAAAAGAGCUCCCUCCUGACACUACGCUGCUGGACUUGCAAAACAACAAAAUAACCGAAAUCAAAGAUGGAGACUUCAAGAACCUGAAGAACCUUCAUACGUUGAUCCUUGUCAACAACAAAAUUAGCAAAAUCAGCCCUGGAGCAUUUACACCUUUGUUGAAAUUGGAACGACUUUAUCUGUCCAAGAAUCAUCUGAAGGAAUUGCCAGAAAAAAUGCCCAAAACUCUUCAGGAGCUGCGUGCUCACGAGAAUGAGAUCACCAAAGUGCGAAAAGCUGUGUUCAAUGGCCUGAACCAGAUGAUCGUCGUAGAACUGGGCACCAACCCACUGAAGAGCUCGGGAAUUGAAAAUGGAGCCUUCCAGGGAAUGAAGAAGCUGUCCUACAUCCGCAUUGCCGACACCAAUAUAACCACCAUCCCGCAAGGUCUUCCUCCUUCCCUUACUGAAUUACAUCUUGAAGGCAACAAAAUCUCCAAAGUUGAUGCAGCUAGCCUGAAAGGACUGAAUAAUUUGGCUAAGUUGGGACUGAGUUUUAACAGCAUCUCUGCUAUUGACAAUGGCACUCUGGCCAACACUCCUCAUUUGAGGGAGCUUCACUUGGACAACAAUAAGCUUAUCAGAGUACCUGGUGGGCUGGCGGAGCACAAAUACAUCCAGGUUGUCUACCUUCAUAACAACAAUAUCUCUGCAGUCGGGUCUAACGACUUCUGCCCACCUGGAUACAACACCAAAAAGGCUUCUUAUUCAGGUGUGAGCCUUUUCAGCAACCCGGUCCAGUACUGGGAGAUCCAACCAUCCACCUUCCGAUGUGUCUAUGUGCGUUCCGCCAUCCAGCUUGGAAAUUAUAAAUAACUCCCAAGAAAGCCCUCGUUUUUAUAACCUGGCAAAAUCCCAUUAAUAUCGUUGCUCAAAAAAAAAAAAAAAAAAAAAAAAAAGAAA